CCGGCCCCUUGCGCGGCGGAGACUGCGAGUCCCGGGACAGCGGGGUGGGGGUAGAAAGGGAGACAAGGACCGGGGAGUCGGGGCUGAGUCCCUCGGGGAUCCGGGCGCUGGGCUUCUCGCAGCUGCUGCUGUCGUUGGCGGCGGCGGCGGCGGCGGCGGCGAGCCGGGCAGAGCGCGCUGUGGGCUGCGCGUGGGGUGCCGCAGCUCCUCGUGUGCGCUCUGGGCUGCCGCGGGGUUAGCGGCCGGGCAGCCUCCGCCCCGCGUGCGGGACCCGCGCCCAACUUAGCCCCCUGCCGAGGCUGGGGGCCGCGCGGAGAGUGGGGCAGUGACCACUGGGCAGAAGGUGGCGGUUGGGGGGCUACGCGCGGGCGGCCUGGGGGCCGAGGGUGGCGUCGCCGCCGGAGGCGGGGACACGGUGGCCCGAGGGUGGGAGGAUCCGCAGUCCGGUCUCGGCGAAUACCCCCUGUUCUUCCUCUCGCGUGGUCCUCUCCGGUGUAUCACGGUGACCCCGGGAUGGAGCCUGGGCGCUGCUGUUCCGGCCCCGGGAGGCUAACGGACGGUGGCGCCUGUGCUCCUACCGCGGGAGGCCUCGUGGGAGCUUGCUUUCUCCCCUACCAACCGGAAAGCCGAGGCGGGGCGCGGGGUGGUUAAUAUUGAAGCCAGCUGGGGUCCCUGGAGCUGAGGGCUCGGGUUGGGCUGGGGCUGGGUCGGAGGGGGAGUUCGGGUGGGCCGGGAGGUGGCACGGCAGCCCAGGCUUUGUUCCUGAAAGCUCUUUGGCUGAGAGCGAUGGGGGGCCCUGCUGCGGCAGUACGUCGGGGAACCUUCGCGGCCCCCUCCCCGGGUCUCGGGAUCUGUUCAACUCCUUGCUUCUCCCUUGGGACCCCUGAGUGCCCAGGCUAAGGGGGGGCCUGGUGAGGGCACAGGCGACGUGACGUUGGAGGUCUUCCUGUGGCUUCUGUAAAGAACUGUUCACGUGGGAGUCUGUCCACAUGGGCUGUCUUUAUGAGCUGGGCAGGAGGAAGAAGCAGGAUCCGCAGCCCUCAGUUGGAAGGGUCCUUCACUCAAGUCCCUGUUUUAAGUAAUAAAGAGUGACAUUAAAGCACAUAAUUUAAAAAGAAGAUGGAAAAAUAGAAAUGAAGGUACAUAUGCACACAAAAUUUUGCCUCAUUUGUUUGCUGACAUUUAUUUUCCAUCAUUGCAACCAUUGCCAUGAAGAACAUGACCAUGGUUCUGAAGAGCAUCACAGACACCAUCGUGGAAUGACAGAAUCGGAGUCGAGCAAAUUUUCAGUGCUGGAUGCUGAAAAUGAAAAAAAAUAUUAUAUUGAAAAACUUUUUGAUCGUUAUGGUGAAAAUGGAAGAUUAUCCUUUUUUGGUCUGGAGAAACUUUUAACAAACUUGGGCCUUGGAGAGAUAAAAGUAGUUGAGAUUAAUCAUGAGGAUCUUGGCCACGAUCAUGUUUCUCACUUAGAUAUUUUGGCAGUUCAAGAGGGAAAGCAUUUUCACUCACAUAACCACCAGCAUUCCCAUAGUCAUUUAAAUUCAGAAAAUCAAACUGUGACCAGUGUAUCAACAAAAAGAAGCCAUAAGUGUGAUCCAGAGAAAGAGACAAUUGAAGUGUCUGUCAAAUCUGAUGAUAAACAUAUGCAUGACCGUAAUCAUCGCUUAUGUCAUCACCAUUGUUUGCGUCAUCACCUUGAUCAUAACACUACUCGCCAUUUUCCUAAUGAUUCCAUUAUUCACAGUGAGCAUGGGGAGCCUAGCCAUGAACCUUCUACAGAGACCAAUAAAACACAGGAACAAUCUGAAAGUAAGCUACUGAAAGGAAAGAAGAAGAGAAAAGGGAAGAAAAGUAAUGAAAAUUCUGAGGUUAUUACACCAGGUUUUCCCCCUAACCAUGAUCAGGGUGAACAGUACGAGCAUAAUCGGGUCCACAAACCUGAUCGUGUACAUAACCCAGGUCAUUUUCAUGUACGUCUUCCAGAACAUAAUGGUCAUGAUCCUGGUCACGGACACCAAGAUCUUGAUCCUGAUAACGAAGGUGAACUUCGACAUACUAGAAAGCGAGAAGCACCGCAUGUUAAAAAAAGUGCAAUUUAUGCAGCUGCUAGUCACAAAGAUCAUAACGAAGAUGACCGGCAACAUGAGUGUUUGAACGUUACUCAGUUGUUAAAAUACUAUGGUCAUCGGGCCAAUUCUCCAAUCUCACCUGAUCUAUUUACGUACCUUUGCCCUGCUUUGUUAUAUCAAAUCGACAGCAGACUUUGUAUUGAGCAUUUCGACAGACUUUUAGUUGAAGAUUUAAAUAAAGAUAAAAAUCUGGUUCCUGAAGAUAAGGCAAAUAUAGGGGCAUCAGCGUGGAUUUGUGGUAUCAUUUCUAUCACUGUUAUUAGCCUGCUUUCCUUGCUAGGAGUGAUCUUGGUUCCCAUCAUUAACCAAGGAUGCUUCAAAUUUCUUCUCACAUUCCUUGUUGCACUAGCUGUAGGAACAAUGAGUGGAGAUGCCCUUCUUCAUCUACUGCCCCAUUCUCAGGGUGGACAUGAUCACAGUCAUCAACAUGCACAUGGGCAUGGACAUUCUCAUGGACACGAAUCUAAGAAGUUUCUAGAAGAAUAUGAUGCUGUAUUGAAAGGACUUGUUGCUCUAGGAGGCAUUUACUUACUAUUUAUCAUUGAACAUUGCAUUAGAAUGUUUAAGCACUACAAACAGCAAAGGGGGAAACAGAAAUGGUUUAUGAAGCAAAACACAGAAGAAUCAGCUAUUGGAAGGAAGCUUUCAGAUCAUAAGUUAAAUAAUACACCAGAUGCUGACUGGCUUCAGCUCAAGCCUCUUGCCGGAACUGAUGACUCAGUUGUUUCUGAAGAUCGACUUAAUGAAACUGAACUGACAGAUUUAGAAGGCCAACAAGAAUCCCCUCCUAAAAAUUAUCUUUGUAUAGAAGAGGAGAAAAUCAUGGCCCAUUCUCAAAGUGAUGGAUUACCUGCCAUUCAUGAGCAUGAUCUCCAUGCUGCUGCACAUAACCACCAUGACGAGAGUAAAACUGUGCUGAGGAAGCAUAAUCAUCAGUGGCACCACAAACAUUCUCAUCAUUCACACGGUCCCUGUCAUUCCGGAUCAGAUCUGAAAGAAACAGGAAUAGCUAAUAUCGCUUGGAUGGUGAUCAUGGGGGAUGGCAUCCACAACUUCAGUGAUGGGUUAGCAAUUGGAGCAGCUUUCAGUGCUGGACUGACGGGCGGAAUCAGUACUUCUAUAGCUGUCUUCUGUCAUGAACUGCCACAUGAAUUAGGUGAUUUUGCAGUUCUUCUUAAAGCAGGCAUGACUGUAAAGCAAGCAAUUGUAUACAACCUCCUCUCUGCCAUGAUGGCUUACAUAGGCAUGCUCAUAGGCACAGCUGUUGGUCAGUAUGCCAAUAACAUCACACUUUGGAUCUUUGCCAUCACUGCAGGCAUGUUCCUCUACGUAGCCUUGGUGGAUAUGCUUCCAGAAAUGUUGCAUGGUGAUGGUGACAAUGAAGAACAUGGCUUCUGUCCAGUGGGGCAAUUCAUUCUUCAGAAUUUAGGAUUGCUGUUUGGAUUUGCCAUCAUGCUGGUAAUUGCCCUCUAUGAAGACAAAAUUGUGUUUGACCUCCAGUUUUGACCAUUCCCAGCAAUCACUGCUGAUUACAAGAAUGUUACCAUGCAGCUUUGCAUCUGUUCCUUGUACUGUAAGCACAUUGCUCAAAGAAAAGUCAGUGGCUUGCACUACUUACAAGUUCACAGAUUUGAGCCUGACCACAAAGACCGGUGCUCAGUACUGUUUUCCCUGCAUGAAGGGGUCUUUUAGAAAUAUAAAGCUUGUGAUAAAGAAAGGAGAAAACGGGACUCUGUGAACCGAUGUUGAUAUAGGUUUGAUUAAGACUUUUUAAAAAAAUAAUCAUAUAAAACACUAAAGUAGUCUCUUUAUUAGUAGAAACUUCUGUGGCUAUGCAGAAAUAGAAAUUGAACCAAAAAAAAAUCCCUUAAACUUUAAAAAUAUUUUAAAUGGACUUUGGGAAGACUUUUCUUUGUGCUAAAAAUGAAUUGUAUUGUCCUUUAAUUCAGCUCCAUGUAUACAUGUGGUAAUAGGGAUCAACUUGACACAGCUUUGAAUCUGCAGAAAGUAGACUAUAGCACCUAGAAGAAAGCUCAGGCUGCAUUAGAAUAUGGAUUUAGCAUUGGGAAAAGCCCUUAUUCUUGAAUCUAGAGUUACUAUUUUUGUAUAUAUUUGCAUAGGAUUUAAACUUGCAGCCUAAACUACUGAAAUUUGUGAUUGUACAUUUGUGUGAGCUUCAGUUUAAUGAAAGAUUCAUAACGGUUCUUUUAUUAAUAUUAUACUUGGUGUUUGGGUUUGUUUGUUUUUUUUAAACUUUUGUUUUUGUCUUGGGUUUUUUGGUGGGGGUAAGGGGUUGGAGCAUGUGGUAAAAUGUUUUUUCCUUAAAAUUGUAACCCUUUAGAAAAUGUCAGUGAAAUGAAGAACCCAAACAUGGUCUAAAUAUUCAGAUUUCCUUUAGUUAUUUAUUUGGGAAAUUUAAGUUUUAAAUGCACGUAGUGCUCUACCAGUUUGGCAUUGGAACCUAGAGCACAUGCGCUGGCUGGAGGUAACGUUGUAAGGCGGCAAGUUUACCGUGUCCAUAAUCUGUACGUGGAGUGUCAAAACGGAUAUGAGGAUGAUCUCCAUUGAUGCCAUGGCUCUCAUGGCACCAGGUAACUUGGAAGAUGCAUUUAAGUUCAGUAACUCAGCUGAAAUCACAUGAUCAUUUUGUGCCAAGAUAUGCUGUUGGUGCCUGAUAGGAAUUAGUCUCUUUUUUUUAGGUACCCUGUUCUCCUGCCAUAAAUUGUGAAUGAUUUGUGAGAAAUGCAAGCCAUGUUUAUCCUGAAUUUUGACCUAAUAAUUUGUAGUAUUAAUCAUAUGCAUGUAGCUCUCUGUGUGCCACAUGGUCUUCAUUUAUGCCAGGUAAACUGUAUUUGAACUACGUGCAGGCAGCUUUGUUUUAAUCUGCUUGGCUACCUGUGUGGCUGCUUUAAAAAUCUUAUUGUUCAGAUAUUUAAGAGCCAAACUCGUUCCAUUCCAUUUGAAAUGUAUUCAUUUAGUCCUCCUCCUUUCCCCAGUUCCUUUCCUCUUACUCCGUGAACUUUAAAACAAAAAACAAAACUGAAAGCAGCACAUGCAUUCAGGUAUUAAGAGUGUUGCCAGUAUUUCUUCUUUAUGCGGUAAAGCAAGGGAGCUUAUUAGAUGUUAUUUCCUUAAUUUAUGCCUGAAUUUGAAAAAUUAUUUCUGGCUUUCUCCAUGGCCUCCUGUGACAAGUAGGAGUUUUAUACGUAGAUCACUUUCAGCACUGGGCACUGAAUUAGGACAGUCCUCAUCUCAUUGCUUGGCCCCUCAAGCAACCUAGCUCAAAGGUGCUGAUAUUUUAUUUAGUACUGCCAACUUGAAGUAAUUCAAAUAUCUUGCUUUCUGAACCAAGAUAUAUUUAUAGUUCAUUUUGGGGUUUUUAAUGCCCAAGGAGGAUUCUGCAUUCCAGCAUUAAGUCUGCUUAUUUUUAAAACUUUUAUGAAAAGCAACAGCUGGAAUAUACUCCCAGACUUAAAAAGAAAUACCUGAUUUAAAGCAAAUAGGUUAUGCUGAAGUAUACAAAAGUUUUAUAUCUUCUCAAAACUGCUAUUAUCUUUAUUUGCUGGAUUUCUUUAAACUUUUAAGAGGGCUGUAACAGUUGCUGCUAGUGUUUUGUUUAGGGUUCCACCAGUAUUUAGUUUUCACAUCAUCCUAAUGUAUAGUUUCAAGUCUUACUAGACAAUCUGAAUUCCACUACAUUUCUCUUUGGCUCCAACAUUCCCUUUAGCUUGACCAGUCUAAUUUAACAUGUGUUUGUUGGAGGUCAUUAAUGUUACUUGUACAAUGCUGUCACUGUGUGACAUCCAUAUGAAUUUUGGUGUAUAUCACAUUGCAUUCAAUCAGCUGUGAUUAUGCUUAGAAAUACUAUAGUAAGUAGAUGCAGUGUGAAUUUAUUCCAUUAACAGUAAGUCAGUGGCUUAAAUGUGAUUAUGGUCCUGCAAGGUGAUACUUGCUAAAAUAUCUAAACUUUUUUUUUAUUGUAACUGAAUCAAUCAUUUUUUAAAAAUUUAUAAAGCUGGAAAUGAUCAAAUGCUGUUUUUUUUUCAUUGUCAACAGUGGUGUGUCAUUUUAUGUAUGUUCCUAAUGCUUAUGGAACGCUCCCAAAAUAAAGUUAUUCAAAAAGAGCAAA